GCGAAGGGGCGCAGUCACCUCCAAUGACACUGGCCGGUAUGCUGGCGGGCAGCACUCUGGCCUCUCUGGCCAGGGACGGCCUCUCCCGACUGGUCCACCCGGCUGCCGCAGCACCCUCCACCGACUCCGACUCGGGACCGGAGAGAGCCAGUGACUCCACGCGCAGACUCGAGUCGAGACGACGACCGAGUCAGCAGGUGUCCCGGAGUCAGAGUCGUGGUGCAAGUCAGCAGCCCCAGUCGGCGCCGAGUCGGAGACUCUCACAGAUUCCGAGUGGACAGGGUGUUGGGUCGAAAAGGAGUCAACAGCGGUCACAGGUGGCUCAGCAGCAGAGUCGGGAGCUGAGUCAGAGACCAGUGAGCGGUACGACUCGACAGCCAGUGGAAGAUGAGCCGAGGUCUCGACAGGAUCAAGAUGGAAGAGCAAGUCAAAGGGACAGCCAGCCUGUCAUAAAUCAGCCUAAGUCACAAGAAAUCCAUCCAGAACCGAAAGGUGCUGGGAAACAGAAGAGUCCUGACGAGGGUUCUUUGGAUCCCAAAUCGAGUCCUUCUCAUUUAGUUUCCCUGAAGGAUAACGCUGAGUCACAGAAGGAGCAAAGUGACGUGUCCAAAAACGAAAACGGUAGCUCGGAUGGAUUCAAAUCACAGACAAACCUGGUCGACCAGUGCACGGUAAGCAGACUAAGAUUCUGCGACGGCCGGCUCCCCUACCGGACCACGUCGCUGCCAAACUUCGCCGGCGCCUCCUCCGACCAGGAACUGGUCGAUAAUCUCGUCUUCUUUGAGGCGAUUUCGGAGAGCGGCUGCAGUCCAUUGGCAGCCGAGUACGUGUGUGCCGCCAUGGAGCCCCAGUGUGUUAGCCGGCCGACGCCGCACGUCCUGCCGCCGUGCCGACACUUCUGCCAGGACAUAGUGUCCAGCUGCGGUGCUGCGAUCCCUUCCAGUCUGAGCAGGAAUCGCGCCUUCAACUGCAGUCUGAUGCCAGACUCCACCGACCCGAGCGUCUGCUACUCAUCAGCCGCAGACGGUUGCGUGCUCUCCGAGUUCGCGUGCGCCGACCAGACGUCCUGUCUGCCGGCCGAGUGGCGGUGUGACGGUACGCCGCAGUGUGACGACGACAGUGACGAGCUCGGCUGUGACGGCUGCUCGCCGCUCCAGUACAGAUGUCGGCCGGCCGGUGGCUGUGUGGACAGGUCUCAGCUCUGUGACGUCACUGCCGUGCCGUGA